AUGGUAGCCCAGCACGGCGACACCCACGCCAUCCCGCGGGAGUACCGCAUCUACAAGCCCGGCGCGUGGCUCCCGGCCGACCACCGCAUCCACCGCGAGUACCUCCGCCGCAUCAACCUCCACGUCGAGUCCAACAAGGACGAGGAGCUUACGCCCGCCGUCGCCCAGUUCAAGCGCUUCAUCGAGUCGACCCCGCGCGUGUACAUGUACUUUGUGCAGAUGUUCGAGGAGAUCCCGCGCAAGCACCCGUACUGGCGCGACCCGACGGGCAGCCGCCAGAUCCGCGACUACAACCACAUGCUGCGCGUGCUCAACCACAUCGUCACGCGCGCGCCCGAGUGGACCGACGCGGCCGAGGGCGCCGGCGUCGUCGGCGUGCCCAUGUGUGCCAUCUUUGACUAUCCCAUGGCGACUGCGAGUGGACACGCCGCCUUCCUCGAUCCCGACGUCAACCGCAUGCUGAAGAUUGUUCUCAACUCGUGGGGAGUGUACCUGCAGACUCCCGAGUCGGCUGCCGUGCUCGGCAACCACAAGGUCGGCUGGUUCGGCGAGACGGGCCUCAAGGACCUGAUGGAGGUGGCCAACGCGCCGUACAAGUCGAGUCACCGCUUCGAGGACAUGUACGUGUGCGACCCGUCGGCCAAGUACUACGGGUUCAAGUCCUGGGACGACUUCUUCACCUGCAGGGUCCACGACAAGGCGCGGCCCGUUGCCUCCCCCGACGACGACUCCGUCAUCGCCAACGCAUGCGAGUCCAAGGUCUACAACAUCGCACGACACGUGCACCUGCGCGACCAGUUUUUCGUCAAGGGUCAGCCCUACUCGCCGCUCGACAUGCUCGCGCACGACCCGCUGGCGCAAAAGUUUGGCGGCGGCACCGUCUACCAGGCCUUCCUGUCGGCGCUGUCGUAUCACCGCUGGCACACGCCCGUCUCGGGCACCAUCCGCCGCGCCUUCGUCGAGGACGGCAUGUACUUCUCGGAGCCGCUGUUUGAGGGCACCGGCGACCCGGAGCAGCACGGCGAGAUUGACACGCGCGGCAUCGUCGUCGCGCAGGGGUACCUGUCGUCGCUGGCGACGCGCGCCGUCAUCUUCAUCGAGGCUGAUAACCCGGCCAUCGGCCUCAUGGCGUUUGUGGGCAUCGGUAUGGACGAGGUGAGCACGUGCGACAUCACCGUCAAGGAGGGCCAGAGGGUCAAGAAGGGCGACGAGCUGGGCAUGUUCCACUUUGGCGGGUCGAGCCACUGCCUGCUCUUCCGCAAGGGCGUCAAGGUCGAGGGCUUCCCUGAGGUAGGCAGGGAGGCCAACGUGCCUGUCAGGGGCAAGCUGGCGGUCGUCAAAGAGUAG